ACUGACUUGACCCAGAUAUGCCGUCAUGGCCUUCUUACAGUGGAGGAGGUUUAACUUCUUUGACAAAGAAAUUGUCACUGAUCCAGAUGAAAAUAAACCAUUUGAUAAACUCAAGGAGCUCAAUAUAUCAGCAUGUGUUAGUGGGCGGGGCCAGGUUGUCCUAGGAGACUUUGAAGGCAGCCUUCAUUUUAUGAAUAGACAGUUGCGAGUGAACUCCUUCAAAGCAUAUGGUAUCCGUGUAUCACAUCUUUACCAGCUGAAGCAGCACAAUAUCCUGGUGACCAUUGGGGAGGAUGAAGAAGGCAUCAAUCCACUGAUCAAAGUCUGGAACUUGGACAAGCCUGAUAAGUUUGGUUCUCCUACCUGUACCAGAAUUGUGAGGGCUCUGCCAGGAAACAACAAACCAACACCUGUGACUUGUCUUGCUGUCCAUGAGAACCUGAACCACAUGGUGGUGGGAUUUGAGAAUGGAAGUGUGGUCCUGUUUAGAGGAGAUGUCACCAGGGACAGGCACAGCAAGCAGAGGACGAUCCACGAUGGACCCCAUCCUAUCACAGGACUCUCCUUCAAGUCCUCGGGAAGGCAGACAAUAUUGUUUGUUGUCACGGAGCAUGUUACCAUGGCAAUGAAUCUAUCAGCAAAAGAUAAAGACACAAAAGAGGUUUUAGACCAGCAUGGUUGUAAGCUGAGGUGUUCCAUUAUGAGUGACAUGACACAGGAUAACCAGCUGGUGUUAGGAAGACAAGAUGCAGUCUAUUUCUACCAGCCAGAUGGUCGAGGGCCGUGCCUGGUAUUUGAGGGAGAGAAGUUACAGUUACACUGGUUCAGGGGCUAUUUGGUUGUGGUUGGAAAGGACAGCAAGGGGAUACCCAGGCCCAUGGCCAACCAGAACCUUGACAUGCACAUUGUUACAGUGUACGACAUCCAGAACAAGUUUAUCGCCUGCUCUGUACCCAUUCCUGAGGUGAUUGAUGUCGUCAGUGAGUGGGGCGCCCUCUAUAUUAUAUCUGGAGACGGAAAGAUGUAUUUACUACAGGAGAAAGACACGCAGACUAAGCUGGAGAUGCUGUUCAAGAAAAAUCUCUAUCAAGUUGCUAUCAACCUAGCCAAGAGUCAGCAGUAUGACCAAGAAGGCCUCAUUGACAUAUUUCGGCAAUAUGGAGACCAUUUGUAUAGUAAGGGAGAUCAUGAUGGCGCUAUAGCUCAGUAUAUUAAGACUAUAGGAAAGCUGGAGGCUUCUUAUGUCAUAAGAAAGUUUUUAGAUGCCCAAAGAAUACAUAACCUGACAGCGUACCUCCAGGCGCUUCAUAAAGCACAGCAGGCGACAGAAGACCACACCACCCUGUUAUUGAACUGCUAUACUAAACUCAAAGAUGUCUCUAAGCUAGAUGAGUUCAUUAUGACCAAAGAUCGCGAGAUAGAUUUCGAUGUUGAGACAGCCAUAAAAGUGUGCCGCCAAGCAGCCUACUACGACCACGCCCUGUUUUUGGCUGAACUCCACAACAAACACGAGUGGUACUUGAGGAUUCAGCUAGAGAGCAUUAAGAACUACCAGAAAGCUCUGGACUAUAUAGGGAAACUGGACUUCAUGGAGGCUGAGAGCAAUCUGAAGCGCUAUGGUAAAGUUCUUAUGGCUGAAGUCCCCCAGGAAACAACAGAAUUGCUCAAGAGACUCUGUACCGACUAUAGACCUAGUAACAAGCCUCUGGUGGACAUGAAUACCUUAGGAGGAGAAGUUCCCAAAAUCCAAAGAGCAAAUGCAGACGAGUUCAUCCACAUCUUUGUGAACAACUCUCAAAGGCUGACAGAGUUCUUAGAGCACAUGGUGAAGGUCCAACCCAACUCUCCAGCUCUGGUGUACAACACGCUACUGGAACUGUAUCUACACUGCAUUGUUCACGAGACUGACAUCAGCUCCAAAACAGAGAGGGAAAGGAAGACACUGGACCUGCUACAGAACCCUGAUGCGGGUUACGACCUGGACCAGGCUUUGGUAUUGUGCCAGAUGAACAACUUCAAGGCUGGAAUACUGUAUCUGUAUGAGAAGGCAAGACUAUACCAGCAGAUAUUACGUUAUCACAUGGAACACAAUGAGUAUGUACAUGUCAUAGACACAUGUAAGAGAUUUGGGGAUAAAGAUCAAAAUCUGUGGACACAAGCUUUGGCAUACUUUGCCAGAAAGGAGGAGAAUUGUAAGACUCACAUGAUGGAAGUUCUCAGCCAAAUUGAUAAGAAGAACCUACUUCCUCCUCUCAUUGUUAUACAGACCUUAGCAACAAGCUCCACGGCAACGCUGGCUGUUGUCAAGGACUACAUCACUCGCCGUCUACAAUAUGAGAGUGAUCAGAUUGCAGAGGACCAAAGACUUAUCAAUCAGUAUAGAGAGGAGACUGAGAAGAUGAGAAAACAAAUAGAGGAACUCAAAACCAGUGCAAAGAUCUUCCAGGUGUCUAAAUGUAGUGCUUGUGGCUACGGAUUGGAACUUCCUUCUGUCCACUUUCUGUGUCAGCACUCUUAUCAUCAACAUUGCUUUGAGAGUUACUCAGACAAUGAGGCAGAGUGUCCAGUGUGUCUUCCAGAGAACAGGAAGCUGCUGGACAUCAUACGUGCUCAAGAACAAAGUAAAGAUCUACAUGAACAAUUCCACCACCAGCUUGAGAGGUCCACAGAUGGUUUCUCAGUGGUGGCUGACUAUUUUGGAAGAGGAGUCUUUAAGACUGCACAGUUUGUUCCAGAGAACACAGGCCCGAGAAUUUCAAAGCCCGAGCCUCUUAACCCUUUCGGUGACUUUUAACCUACCAAAUAAUUCAGUUUUUUUUUCUAGUCAUGUCACUGAGUGUAUUUUGGUUAUGUUCAGACAUUUCUACUAACUCAAGUCAUAUCGUUCAGAUUGGAAUUAUUUUUAGACUGGAAAUCAAUACAGUGGGUGUUUUUCUAUACAAUAUGGUCAUCUGAUAAGACAAAUUUUGCCAUUUUUUUGGUCCUGAUUAGUCCUUGACUGAACAGUUGAAAAACGGCGGCAACAUCUUAUCAUGUUUUUCAAAUUGGCGGACAUAUCUGACAUCAGACAGAAAGUCAGACAAUUGAUGUCAAAAGGUUGGGCUUAAUCAGACCUCGAUUUCUUCAUCACAGAAAAAGUUUGGUGGGUAUAGCCACCAUCUUGCAGAAAACAGUUCCUGACAUCAGGCCGUACAGGCUUCUGUAUCACACUAGUUUGAAUGGUCCCAACAUGAAAUUAUACACUACUGGAAGGUUUUUACCAGUACUCCAUUUCACAAACUCCAAUGUACCAAUCAAAAAUAAUUUGUUUAAACAA